CCCUUUUUUUCCAGUCCAUUAACAGAAACAAAAAGUACACAUAGACCGUAGUUGCCACCCCGCUUUCAGCCACCAGUGCGAUCUAAAUGCUCUCGCCGCACGGUCAUAUCCUCUGUCUCCCUGACGAACUGCUGGAGUUCAUCGUUCAAUAUGCCACCAAUGUCAUGGACGAUGACCGUUGCCAAUUUCUUGGUUGGCAACAUCCAAAACACAAUUACAGCGACUUGAAAAACGUUGCGCAAACAUGUAGACGAUUUUACAUAAUAACUGCACCAUCCCUCUGGAGAGAUAAAGACUUUAUCUUGCCUCGUGAGGAUGAUACAAAUAAUGCCGAUUCAGCCGUGGGGACCGCUACUGAUUUGCUGAGUAGACGAACAGUACUACACUACCCACGAUUUGUCGGCUACUAUGUUCGCAGUCUUAGUCGCAACCUUGCAAGUGGGCGUCACUAUGACAUGAGCAAUUCAGCGUUCAUGUCUCAAUUAGUGCCGAAUUUGCGGUCUUUGAGGAUGGAUUUUAGUAUCUUGGAAAGAACCGAAAAAUAUGGUUUGGAUCUUUUUGCUAAGAACUGCCUGAAUUUGGAAGAACUCUACUUGGAAAACUGUCGGGACAAGUUUGAUGAUUUCAAGAGCUUGCUCACUUUUCAACGGCCCAUGCGACGGCUCACUCUACUAUCAUGCACUAUCAAAGAAGCGACUCUAUCAGAGUUGAUGAAAAUGAGUCAAAACACUUUACAAGAUCUGUUAUUUCAAAGAGUCCUCCUAGAACCACCAUCACCAGCGGAAGAUAGAGAUCGUCAUUUUGGACAUUCAAGACCUUUAGCCAUAUCACAACCUAUAUAUACGCACAUCCUGUCACAUCACAAUUUAACACAAUUGGCUCUAUCAGACAGUAUUUCAUAUUCAACAAUCCACACCAUUGCCACAGGAUCCACCAAUCUUGAAAAGUUAUCCAUCAUACUGGAUGAGACGGACCCCAUCCUCACUAACCACUGCAUAACAUUAUUAGCUUCCUUAUCUAAGCUCACCAUUCUAUCUCUUGCUUUUCGUAAUGUCGACCCUUAUUCUGGUACUUAUGAGCGACUACCCUGCACUGCUUCACCAUCGGUAUGGUCCUAUUUUGCAGCUAAGCUUCCCCGCAUUGCUCAUCUCCAUAUUUCGGCCAUUGAAAUUCACUUGACGGCAGACUUUUUUGUUCGACUGUUUACAUAUCACGACCAGCUACCUAACGUCAUGCUGCAUCACAUUCGCUGGACAGACGACGAAACAGGCGAUGAACUGGUGAAGGAUUGGCUUGGUUGGAAGGAUAUCCAAGACUGCUUUAUGAGCUAUGAGCAAGCUCAAAAACGAGGGUUGACAUGUUUUGAUUUAAAUGAUAGAGUAUGCUUUGUCAAAGGAUUUGAGGAAUGGACGAGAGAAUAAUAGUCGUUUUUCUCAACGCCGUACCUAUGUACUGAACUUAUCUUUGUCAUCGUGUUUCUCCCUUCGACG